AUGUUAACGACUGUUAUGGGAAAUCGCAAACUUUCGUUCCCUUGCGAUCAGCUAUACGUAUGCGAUUUGGAGAUGGCAUUUUUCAUCAAAUUUCGAGAGUUGUCGUUUUCAAUCUUCAAAGUCUUGUCAUUAUUCAAAUAUUUCACGAUCGUUACAAAGCAAAUUGCUUUUUCUAAUAACGUUUAUGAAUUGAGGAUGCAAGUUUUACUUUCUACUUCAGACUAUUUAUUCAAGAAACGAACAGAGGGAGUAGUAAUUGCUCCUCAAGAAAGUUGUUUUCCUGAAGGGUGCGUGAGUAUUAAAGGCCUGAGAAUCAUCGCGCAUCGAAAUCCAUCCCGCGUAGAAGUGCUACCCAGACCACCAAAUCAAAUAAUGUUUCGAAUUAUUGACUUUGACUUUCACAUCGCAGGUACGCUGUUUGGGCAGAUAAAUCCGUUACUGCUUAUACCUAUAACAUUGCCUAUAUAUGGCAUUUUGACAGUAUCUGCACGUCAAUUGGGAAUAGAAGCCAUAUUUGAUAUUCAAAAAACCACAAAAGAUAUUCCGUUUAUUCGGAUGAUUAGCUGCGAUUUAUUUCAUGAUUUUGUAUUGGCUAGGAUAGAAAAUAUGGGUUUGCUUACAGAGAUCGUAAAUGCCAAAUAUCAGCAAGAAAUGACAGCAAAAGCUCGGAAAAUGUUACAAGAUACUUUAUGUAAUACUGUAAACAACGUGAUCCACAAUGAAAUGAACUCUCGCCUUUCUGAAAUCCCACGAAAAUUAUCAGUUGAUAACUUGUUCGCAAUAUUUUUUGAGAAAUCAGAAGAUUUUAAGGGACAGAAGAAAAAAAGAGCACUGAAACUAGAAUCUAAUCAUCUUCCAGUUUACAUGAAUUCUCAGAAUAUUUCCGAUGCACAAUUAUCUAAUGAAUUUGAAUUAAUCCCAUCGAGAAGACCAUUUUCUAUUGGAUCCCAAUAUGGUAGUAAUAUUCACCAAACAACCGUAAACUCUCGACCCUUUUCUGCAUUUAAUAACCAAGCAUCACAAAAAUCUCCAGAAACAAAUAUUACUAACAGCACUUGGCAAGAUUUUCUAAGAAAGUUGGCAUUUUUGAUCAUUUCACUGAGUAUUUUGGAUACAAGCGCAACACUUGACAAAUUUUUCAUCGGUUUUGAUGGCAACGUUAAUUUUGGAGUGCGCGAUCGAACUGAAAUUCCUUACAAACGACCGGAGAGAUUACGGUUUCCUGGAAUUAAUGAUGAAAAUAACAUGGAUUUGUUGAUUUCCGAAUAUACUAUUAAUACUCUCUUCCUAAAAGCCCAUGAGAUUGGUGCUUUGAAAUUUAAUAUUUCCUCUACAACUCCAACUUUUGGGAAUUUAUUACGUACUACGUGUACAUUAGAUGAAAUUUGCAUGUCAGAUGUUGUUCCUGAAAUUGGUGAAAGGUAUCCAAAUGAGCACCUAGAAAUAAUUUUAAGCAUUACUGAACCACCAAAAGCGGUGAUUUCUACAGGUUCCGCUACUAUAACACUCAAAGGUCACGCAACAAUUUUUGUACGAAAAAGUUCCAAGGAAAUUGGUAGUAUACCAUUCAGCUCAAAAAUACAAUGUAAUAUUUCCACUUCUCAUCAUCGAAUUUUUGGCAAUUUUCUGUGCUUGAAAGUUUGCUUGCUAGCGAUAAAACUUUUAGGAUCGGCUAAGGUAAUAAAACUAGAUUUUGCCGAGAACACAGAUUUUCUUGGUUUGUUGCCACAAUCCCUAAACGGUUUGCGAGAAACGAUCAAGAGGACUCUGACUAAUCUAAUGAGUCAGAAGCUUAAAACCGGAUUGGAUCUGAAGUCAUUCUCAUUUAACCGACUCUCAAACAUAUCCUUCAGUCUUGUAGAUGACGCUAUUUUGUUCCAAGCGAAUUUUAACAUCGAACGAAGUUUCUACUGA